UCCAGACUUAUCAAUUAGUCACAUCAUCACUCAACGACUACAUAUCCAGGAGAGCCGAGCUAUCUAUCCCAAUAGCAGAAACCAUGGCCGGAGAAGGGGAUCUGAAGCUGCUGGGGCUGCUGGUGAGCCCGUUCGUGACCCGCGUCCGCCUGGCGCUGCACAUCAAGGGCCUGAGCUACGAGUACAUCGAGACGGACGUGCUGGACAAGGGCGAGCUCCUCCUCCGAUACAACCCCGUCCACAAGAAGGUGCCCGUGCUCAUCCACAACGGCCUGCCGCUCUGCGAGUCACAGAUCAUCGUGCAGUACGUCGACGAAGUCUGGGCCGCCGCCGGCGCGCCCAUCCUCCCCGCCGACCCCUACGCCCGCGCCACCGCCCGCUUCUGGGCCGCCUACGUCGACGACAAGCUGUUCCCCGCCUGGCUGGGCAUCCUCUUGGCCCCGACCGAGGCGGCGAGGGCGGAGAAGGUCGGCGAGACGCUCGCCGCGCUCGCGCAGCUGGAGGUGGCCGCGGCCGAGUGCCUGGACGGCGGCAGGAGGCCCUUCUUCGCCGGCGACUCCAUCGGCUUCCUCGACCUCGCCGUCGGCUGCAACAUGUUCUGGAUGGAGGCGCUGCGCAGGAUGUUCGGCGUGACUUUCCUCGACGCGGGGAAGACCCCGCUGCUGGUCGCGUGGGCGGAGCGGUUCGCGGGCACCGAGGCGGCGACGGCGGUGGUGCCGGACCCGGACGCCGCGGUGGCGUUCGCCAGGAAGCUUCAGGCCAAAUAUGGUGCCGCCCCGCCAGCCAACUAGACUGGCUUCUUCUUCAUGAUGGAGACAUGACUUGUCCGUGAUGUAAUAAAGCCGUGAAGGAGACAUGAUUUGUCGACCUUCAUGGACAUGGCUUACGUUUACGCAGUGCUAUCUCAAGUUGUGAAA